AUUCCACCGAAUCUCAUGGAUCGCGCUCAAGAGUCAACUGAAUCUCUCAGGCAUAAAUGUGCAGCAUGCUUCAAACAAUUUAACAAAGUGGAGCAUCUAGUUGAGCACAUGAAAACUUCUUAUCACUCUCCACAUGAACCAAUUUGUGACAUUUGCAAAAAGCAUUGCAGGUUCUAUGACUCACUAAGAGAACAUUUGAUUGGUCCAUUGCCCAAAGCUGAGUGUGCUAAACAAUUCAGUGAAAGAGGAUGCAACCUCUGUCUCAAAAUUUUCCCCCGUGCAGAACAACUUACUUAUCACCGAGCAACUUGUCAAUCCCUGCCUCCUAAUGCUGGGGGACGGUUUUCCUUGGUGAAUAAGAGAAUCCAAGCAGAAAGUGGACAGAUUCAAGGUGAAAGUUCAAAUAAGAGCAAUAUUUCUGCCAUUGCAAUGGAUUGUGAGAUGGUGGGUGGUGGUCAGGAUGGGUCUCUAGAUCUUUGUGCACGAGUCUGCUUGGUGGAUGAGGAAGAGAAAGUGGUCUUCCAUUGCUAUAUUAAACCUCCAAUUCCAAUCACAGAUUACAGAUAUGAUAUUACUGGCAUCAAACCAGAAAAUCUCAUGGAUGCCAUGCCACUGAAGCAAGUGCAAGAAAGAAUUCAGCAAAUUUUAUAUAAUGGAGAAGCAAUUUGGCGAAUUCGUUUGAAAGGGGGAAAAGCCAAGCUUCUUGUAGGACAUGGCUUAGAUCAUGACUUGCAAUGUUUAUCAAUGGAAUACCCUCCCCAUCUUAUUAGGGACACUGCUAAGUACGUUCCACUACUAAAGAGUAGCAAAGCUAGCAAUUCACUCAAGUAUCUCACUCAAUCAUUUCUAGGGUAUAAAAUUCAGAGUGGUACUCAUGACCCAUAUGAGGAUUGUGUGGCAGCAAUGCGUAUUUACAAGAAAAUGAGAAAUGAGGACCAUUCCCAGUCUGCUUCCCUCAGUGUAGGUGAAUUUCUUCCUGAGAAUGUGGUGUAUGCAAGAAUGAAACAGAAAGAUCUGGAGAAAAUGAGCCCGGAAGCUCUGCUUAAUAUUUCACAAUCCGAUUUCUACUGUUGGUGCAUGGAUUCCAGUUCACAAGCCAGUUAAAGCCACUUGAAUCUCUUUAGCUAGGCUUUCCAUAGGAGAAAAUCAGAUGCAUUUGUUAUGUAACAACCAUCACUGUUGUGCCUCAAAUAGAUGACAGUGUUGGAUAUAAGACCAAUGAUUUAGAUCAUUUUA